UUUACAAUUGAAUUCACUCAUCAUCAGGCAUCAUAAUUGUUGAUUAAUAAUAGUGAGAUUCAAAUAAUACAUCAUUCAUUCAUUCAUUCAUUCAAUCAUGUUGACCAAUGGACAAACAACAACAACAACGACAACAACCAUAUCUCCUAUUCCAUCAACACAAUCGAUUAAAGAAGAAUUAUAUGAUACAAAAUUAGAAAAAAUGAACGGAAAUACUAAUAAUAAUAAUAAUAGCAGUAGUAGUAGUAGUAUUAAUGGGGUUGAAAUUGUAGAAAGUAAUACAGUAACUACAAAUGGUUUUGUUUGUGCCAAUAAUAUUGUCGAUAAUAAUAAUGUUGUUGUUGUAGAAUCGCCAACAUCAUCCAAAUUAUCAUCAUCAUCAUCAACAUCGGGUAUUGUUUCAGUUUCAGUUGAACAACAAACACAAACCGAUAUGAUUGAUCCAUAUCCAUCAUCAUCAUCAUCAUCAUCAUCGAAUACAUGUAUACAGGAUAAUAUAAUGAUGAAUAAUAUGGAUACAUCAACACCACCAACAACAACACAACCAUCAUCAUCAUCAUCAUCAUCACAAAUAAAUUCUGAUAUAAUACAUACGCACAAUAUUCAACAACAACAACAACAAUCGGAUAACCCAUCAACGCCAAUUUUAAAUAAUAACAUAAAUGGAAUAAUGGUAACAUCAGGUGCUUCUGGUCAUAGUAGCCAUCAUUCUAAUCAAGUAUCAGUUGCAUCACAAAUAUGUAGCAGCUCAUCACCUACAUUAAUGACAAGUCAAACACAGCCAACGGGCAAUUGUAUUAGUCAACAACAACAACAACAACAAAAUCAUCCGAUUCAGCAAAUUCAAUCACAAACAUCUGUUGUUCCAGUAUUAUCAACAACAUCAACAACAACAACAACAACAACAAUACAGCCAAAACGUUUACAUGUAUCGAAUAUUCCAUUUCGUUUUCGUGAUCCUGAUCUACGUCAAUUGUUUGGGCAAUUUGGACCAAUAUUGGAUGUAGAAAUCAUUUUCAAUGAACGUGGAUCAAAGGGUUUUGGUUUUGUUACAUUUGCAUCAAGUAUCGAUGCUGAUCGUGCACGUGAACAGCUUAAUGGUACAAUUGUUGAAGGUAGAAAAAUUGAAGUUAAUAAUGCAACAGCACGUGUACAAUCAAAAAAAUCAACAUCCACAUCGAUAACAUCAUCAUCUGUAUCAUCAUCAUCAUCAGUAUCAUCAUCAAUAUCAUCAUCAACAUCAUUACAAUCAGCUGCAGCUGCAGCCGCUGCUGCUGCUAUGGCAGCAUCAUCAUUAUCAUCACCAACAGUUGCUCAUCAUGUUGCGGCUGCUAAUCAAUCAUCAUCCGUUUCGGCUGCGGCAGUUGCUGCAGCAGCAGCUGCUGUUAAUGCAAAUGCAAAUGCAGCCGCUGCAGCACUUAUUUCAAAUGUGGCAGCUCUACGCGGUGUAGCGAUCCAAAGAGGUACACGGCUAACAAGAGCGGCAAAUACAUUGGCCGCAACAGCAUUUCAUACAAGACACUCUUCACCAUUAACUACCGCUGCCACAUUGCAUGGUUAUGCUGCUUCCCAGCUAUUGGCUGCUCGAAAUGCCGCUGUUUAUCAGGAUCCAUUCUUAACUUAUGCUGCGGCUGCAGCCGCAGCUAAUGGUACUGAACGUUAUCAAUUGCCCCCUACAUAUGCGGCUAAUGCAGCAUAUACAGCGGCAGCUGCAAGAUCAUAUGCAGCUGCCGCAGCAGCAGCCGCUCAAGCUAAUCCAAACGUAGCAAGUUAUAUGGCCGCUACUACUGGUUAUGGACGAGAAUUUGCUGAACCUUAUCUGGGACAUAGUAUCGGACCUGUAUCUGGCUAUGGAGUUACAUAUCGAGGAGCGUUCAAUCGUUUUACGCCCUAUUGAAAUAUUAGACAUUUUAUCUUUUUCUCAUAAACUUAUCAACGUUUUUCUGAUUUUUCAUAUUCUGCCCACAAUGAAAACCAAAAUAUCAUCGAUUAUAUCAAAAAAAUCUCUCUUU